CUGGUGUAGACUCAACUUUGACUUCAAUCCUUUUUUUUUCACAUAACAGCGCGCAUCUUUCUCGAAAAUUCUACGGCUGGACUAUAAAAGGGGGGGCUGGUCACCUGAUUUACUCCACACUCCGCACCUGUGACAGCCGACCUUGCCAAUUGAGUUGUCAAGCUAAGUUGUGAACAGACCUUGUUCAGACGAAGACGCACAUAAAUUACAGGAGACUCCAUCACCAACCAUGUUGCAGCUGGCUUUUGUUGUAGCCUUCUUUGCGGCAGUCUCAGCUGAGCAAGUACCCUGUGGAAGCGGUCAAGCGGCGUGUGCGGGUUUCGCAGUCAAUUCUGUGCAGAACGGUAACGUCUUCUGCUGCAAUGACGGCUUCGAUAUCAAGUGGACGAGUGGAAGUCAGCAACCUACGUGCAUGUGUGAGCGGGUCUACACAGAGAGAGACUGUAUCACUGGCUACGAGAACUGCGCCCAGGUCGGCAGCUUCUCCAUGAUCAACGGCAAGUACCAGUGUUGUAGCAACGGCGAGAGUAUGACCAGCGUCUCCCAGAGCUUCGUCAACGGCGUCCCGGUCGACUACUGCAAGUGUAGGAAAAGCCUGAAUGGUAACAGACUCAUGACCCCCGAGCAAAAAGCCCGCCUGGACGCGACACUGCAGUCCAUCGGUCAGAGCGUCAACACCAAUCUGAACCAGGUCUUCACCGGGCUGGACAAUGUCUUCGGUCCCGGGGGGAAUCUCUUCGGACGCCGUGGACUUGUCUCCAACUGGCGCAACGCAGCCAACCGCGGAGUCAAUGGCAAGAAAUGAUCCUUUAGAAAACAUCUAUGAUUAUAAUAUCGUACUGUUGCUUUCCUAUUUUGCAGCUAACGGCGUUUGUGCUGUUUGUUUGUUUAUUUACUUCUUUUUUGUGUGUUUGUUUUUACCUGCAUGUCUAGCUUUUGGUCACAAAUACGGUGGUUUCUUGAUAACCUGCAUACACAGAAAAAUUUACAUAAUGAUAAUGAUGAUGAUGACAAUAACAACAAUAAACUAUUUGGUCUUGAAGCAUGCCAUGUGGUGUACACCAGCUUGACUAACAUUAUGGUUACUUCAAUUUGCAUGUGUGAAGUUUGGCCUUAAUAAAAAGCGUUUCGACCACA